AUGUCAGAAAUCGUCAACAACCUCCUCGCCAAACUCGCCGACCUCAUGGGCGACGAGUUCCAGAAGCUCAAAGGGGUGGAGCAUCAUGUGCAGUUCCUCGAGGAGGAGCUCAGCACCAUGAAAGCUUUCCUGGAGGAGCUGGCGCUGAGGGAUGAACUAGAUCCCUUGACCAAGGACUGGCGGGACCAUGUCAGGGACAUGACCUACGACAUGGAAGAUUGCUUUGAUGACUUGCUUCUCAAUCUUGGAAGUACCAACGCCAACGCAGGUUUUAUCGAGAAGACCACUGAACUUGUCAAGACCCUGUGGGCGCGUUAUCAAUUUGCAAGCCAGAUUCAGGAGCUCAAGGAUCGUGCCAUAGAGGCGAAUCAUCGAUGCAAAAGGUACAAGCAUGAUGUUAGCAGUAGCUCUAGUUCUGACCUUGUGGCAGUCGAUUCUCGGGUGGCGGCACUCUACAGAGAGGCGGCCAGACUUGUGGGUAUUGAUGGCCCAAGGGAAGAGCUUGUCGGGUGGCUGGUGGAUAGUGAGCAAGCACUCAAGGUGGUGUCUAUUGUGGGAUCCGGCGGUCUUGGUAAAACUACACUUGCCAAGCAGGUGUUUGACAAGAUCAGCGAACAAUUCAACUGUAAGGCAUUUGUGUCGGUUUCCCAAACACCUGACAUGGCAGGGCUCUUGAUUGGGUUAAAAUUGAAGCUCAAGGGAACAGAGACUUGUCGCACCCGCGAGGUGGCAGACAUCAUCAGGGAGCUUCAAGAGCAUCUCACAGACAAGAGGUACUUUAUUGUAGUUGAUGACUUGUGGGAUCGACAAACAUGGGAUAUCAUUAGUUGUGCUUUUCCAGAUAGUGGCAAUGGGAGUAGAAUAAUAGUAACUACACGAGUGAAAGAUGUGGCUCGCCUGGCAUGUCGCAAUCACCAGCAGUGCUUUUACAAAAUGAAGUUUCUCAGCGACCAAGACUCAAAAAGGUUAUUCUUUAGUAGAGUGUUUGGCCCUGAGUAUGUCGAUUCAUCCCAAUAUGAAGAAGUUUCAACUGAAAUUUUGAAGAGGUGUGGUGGACUGCCACUUGCUAUUAUUACAAUAGCCGGCAUAUUAGUUAGUCGCCCAGGAAUAUUAAGGCAGGAUUGGGAGAGCAUAAGGAGUUACUUGGGAGUUCAAUCUGCCACAGACCUCACCAUGGAAGGAAUGAGGCGUAUAUUAAACCUUAGCUACAUGCAUCUUCCUGCUCAUCUUCGGGUAUGUUGCUUACGUCUUGGUAUGCAUCCAGAGGACCACAAGAUCAUGAGGGAUGAUCUUGUUCGACAAUGGAUAGCUGAAAGCCUUGUGCGUGGCUUACCUGGGCAAGAUUUGGAGGAUGUUGCAAGGAGUUAUUUCAAUGAACUUAUCAAUAGAAGCUUGAUUCAGCCUGAACGGACAGUCGCUGGGGAUGUGGUUUCUUGCAGAGUGCAUGAUAUGAUUCGUGAUGUUAUUAUCAGCAAAUGUGAAGAGGAAAAUUUCAUGAGUGUGGUAUACAAUUCUGAAGACAUGGCAAGACUGCAUAAAUGUAAGCUCAAGGUCCGCCGAUUGUUCCUGAGCCGGAGUUCUGAUGAUGCUAUAUCAAGGACCACUGCUACUAGUCUGUUGAAGGUUAGAUCGAUUGUAUCAUUCGGAGAGUCCAAGUAUUUGUUAUCCAGAUAUCUCCGGGUGCUGUUCAUUGAAAACUGGGGGAUCACUAUCGAUCUCAGUGAGAUCAACCGAUUGUUUCACCUGAGGUAUUUGAAAGUUAGAGCACAAGACAUAAAACUUCCGUCUGAAUUGAAAGGACUUGUGCAUUUGGAGACACUGGAACUGCUUUCUGAUUCAAUCCCGUCAGAUGUAGUUCAGUUGCCCCGUUUGUCCCACCUGGCUGCUCUAUGUCACAGGCUGCCUAGCGGGAUCGGGAACUUGAAAUUAUUGCGGACUCUGUAUGGGUUUAAGUUGACAGGUUGCUCCUUGGAGGAUAUCAAGGGCCUGGGCGAGCUAACCAAUUUGCGGGAGCUCUUUCUCGAAAUAGAAGAUAUAAGUGAAAUUGACGAUGCUUUGGUCUCCUCCAUUGAAAAGCUUCGUAACCUGAGAUAUCUCACUUUUUUUAAUUGGGGGCGUGCUGACAAUGACAGGCUGUUAUCAUUAUCAAAUCCUCCCCUUCAUAUCGAGACACUACUACUGAUGCCUCUCUUGAUCUCUAGAAUUCCAAAGUGGAUUGGUGAUCUGCAUUAUCUCCGUCACCUGGAUCUGCGUGUUAGGGAGACAUCGACUGAUGACAUUCGUCUUCUUGGACAGCUGCGCUCCCUCAUGGAAUUCAAAUUGGGUUUGUUGCAUUUCGCUGCAAAUGGAGUUAUUAUAAUCCAAACAGGAUUAUUUCCAGCUCUGGAGUACUUUUGUGUAGGCCUUUAUGAGGAAGAUCAUGAGUUACACUCUGCAGACGACGAUGUUAUGACACACCUGUGCUUCGAGGUCGGGACAAUGCCCAAGCUACAAAAGCUCGAGCUACAGUUACACGAGAGGCACUGGGGCGGCGCUACCCCAGUCGGCAUGGAGCACCUGUUGGCUCUCAAGGAAAUUGAGGUAGCAUUCCGCUACCGCAGAGGCACUGAUAGGAAUGAAGUGAAGUGUCGUGCUGAGUCUGCGCUCAGGAACGCCUUGCAAGAGCACCCAAACCGUCCUUCCGUUCGCAUCAAUUAG